CAGUCUCGGUCGGAAUUGGCGGGUCAUAAAAUCUUUUGUCUGACCGAGUAACGAGUCUAUUUCUGCAAAACCCUUUUCUUAUAGGUGUUUCAAACGCACUGAGGUGCUUUUAAAUUUUUUUUUCAUAAAUUAGCACUCAUUUGGGGGGCGUUUCUGCGCCGUUAUUUUAUUCAUCCAAAGCUCUUUUGACGUUGACAAGGAACCAGAAGGUUCCGCAGACUCUUCCCUGACGAGUAUGAGCCAGCCAACAGACAACACUAGUGAUGCUGCCAGUGUCCCCUCAGGUUUGCCGUCCAAACAAGAUCACAUGGGAUUACCUUUCACAGAACCUGCGCAGGCAGCUGCCAAACUGGCAUCCACCGGAGGAAAGAAGCAGGCUAAGAAGAAGGUGGAGGAGGUGCUAGAAGAGGAAGAGGAAGAAUAUGUGGUGGAGAAGGUUCUGGACCGGCGAGUGGUGAAGGGUAGAGUCGAGUAUCUGCUCAAAUGGAAGGGCUUCACAGAUGAAGACAACACAUGGGAGCCUGAAGAUAACCUUGACUGUCCAGACUUGAUAGCGGAGUUCCUGCAGUCACAGAAGAAGGCUGGAGAUGAGAAAAAAGACACGGGUGGCAAGAGAAAAGUGGGAGAGUCAGAUAAUGAGACAGGCAGUGAAGACAGGCCUAAGAAGAGGAAAGAUGAGGACAAGCCACGGGGCUUUGCACGGGGUUUGGAUCCUGAACGCAUUAUUGGAGCUACAGAUUCCAGUGGAGAGCUGAUGUUCCUCAUGAAAUGGAAAAAUUCAGAUGAGGCAGAUCUUGUGCCAGCAAAGGAAGCGAAUGUGAAGUGCCCACAAGUAGUUAUUUCUUUCUAUGAGGAACGACUAACGUGGCACUCGUACCCCAACGAGGAAGAGGAGAAGAAAGAUGACAAAAACUAAUAGGCAGGAAUUGUCAACAUGGUGGUUACUCUCAGUUUCUGAAAUUUUUUUUUUUUGAAAUAACCUUUUUAACUUUUGCCAUAAACCUUGGACACUGGGCUAUUGUGUGGAGAACAUGCAUACAGUGGUGGGGCUUUCUGGAGGUUAAAUAUUAGUCUGUAUAACUACAGAAACACUUCUCUGUUUGAUCCUUCCCCCCCUUGUUGGAUUAUGGAAAAGAGUUUACCAAGUUGCAAAUUGGUCCCAAGUCAGUGUUUAUGUAUGAUUUUAUGUCACACCUGCAGGCUUGUAGCGAUUUAUGUAUUGUGAUGUGAAGCAAACACCGGGUUUUUUUUUUAAAGCAAAAAUAAACUUGAACUGUUGCGCUCUUGCAUUUAAAUUUCAUUUUAGGAUUUAAAUUCAGACACAUUCUUAACUCCCCCUUUCUUUGUCUAGAUCUUCACAUCGCCCUGGCGUAUGAUUUUCCCUCAUUAUGACUAACGCUGAACACACUUCCAGUAUUUUUAACUGGAUGGCCACUUAUUUAAUCCCCCCCCCCGUUGCUAUUUCAAGUUUUUCCUGCCUUCGAGUUUCUCUAUAUGCUUAUAGUUCUCAUUACUGUAAGUGCAACAUGAAGAACUGAACAACAUAAAACGGAUGCAACCCAAAUCAUUCAAAGAACGAACAUGCAUGUGGUAUAUAACAUUUUAACCAAAACCUUUAAUACCCGGUGAUUUUGUUAAACUGACUUUCAGGUCUGUUGCUUUUCACUUUCCACUUGUGUUAGUUGUAGCUUUCUUUGCCCCUGUGUUUUUUUUUUUAUUAAACUUUGUUAUUAAAUAUGUUGCUUUGUUCCAUGGUGUGUAAAUGGAUAAUGCUAUAUAGCAUUAUUUAACAGUAUAGGAACUGGAAUUCAUGUUUAAAAGCUUUUUUUUUCUUCUCCCCUUCCCUCUCUCUUCCUUGUCUGGAAAGUGGGUAGAUUGUAAACAUCAUUUCGCUGGGUGUGCUGUUCAGUUCCUGUGCCUGCUGUAGUCUGGGUAUUGUAUUAAUUGAAAACUUCAUGUUUAGAAGGCUGUUCUAAACUCAAGAUGUGGCAGCAUUGACUGACUGAAACUACUGACUUCAUCUUCUCACAUAGCGUUGGAAGCUACUUUUCCUAUAAUCCUAACAUGUGGUGGUGUAUGGUUUUAAAUAAUGGGGGUUAGAUUUUGCACCUGGACAUUUUACAGUUGAAUAGAUGGACACAGUGGGAUGUUUUUUUAGAUCUGCAUAAAAACACUGAAGGAACGCAGGUGAGCAAGUAAUGCAACGCAAUGUACCAUGGUGGUGAAAGAACCAGACACGAUUAUCCAAGUCUCAUAGGGCUCAGGCUAAUGACAAAACAUUAGUUCCAGUUUUCAGGGGAAACUGUCAGAACUGCAUCCUGCUAGUUAAUGCUAUAUGUUCUCAUUCAGUUAGUGAGUAGACAGCACACUAUUAGUAUUAUGGAAGUGUUUGUUCCCCCCCCGCUCCCCUUUUAAAAAGCACCCAUUCUGUGUUUUUCAUUCAGUUACUUGUCACUGUUAAUUAAUCUGUAUCCCUCUGUUAGAUGUUUGUCUAAAAUAAGCUUGCCAUCUUGUGGCGCUUUUUUUUUUUAAAUAAAUCAUUUUUAUUAA